AUGAUUGCGAUAAGCUGGCCGGCCGUGGGUGCGACGAUUUUACCGAACUUGGGCGGUAUAGCCGGUGGUUUUAUAACUAGGAAGCAAAUUAAAAGUAAAUGGUACGAUUCGCUGAAAAGACCCGACUGGAGGCCCCCAAAUUGGGCCUUCGGGCCUGUCUGGACCAGUUUGUAUUGUUCGAUGGGGUAUGCUUCAUACAUGGUUUUUAGAGAUGGGGGUGGAUUUAAUGGCCCAGCAAAAAUACCCUUAAUGGUUUAUGGUACAAACCUUGCUUUUAAUUGGGCAUGGACUCCUAUAUUUUUUGGAGCACAUAAAUUAAAAUUGGCAUUAUAUGAAAUCCAAUUAAUAAAUGCAACAGCAGUGGCCUCUGCUUAUUUGUUCUACAAAAUAAAUCCAAAAGCAGGUUACAUAAUGGUCCCUUACAUGGUUUGGUUGGGUUUAGCCACUGCCCUCAAUUACGUAAUUGCCAGAGACAACCCAGAGGGCGCAACCAUCAAGGAAAUACAAGAUUAA